AUUGAGCAGUAGCCAGUACUGGUGCUAGAAGCGAGGCGUAGUUUGAUUUAUUCGGGCGUAUUUCUAUGUCUUGUAAAUUCUGUCCAUAAACAGAGGAAAAUUUUCCAACCAUCCAUCCAAUUGCCUACCCUGAGGAGAGUUGGUAAACAGAGUGAGUUUUUUUUUUAUAUUGUGCGACUCAAGUGUACGCGUGACUAGGUGUUGUUUUAUUUCUGUAAAGUGAAAAUUGUGUGAAGUGUGGUGGUUUCUGAAUUUCACAAGUUUUAAGUUUUAUGUUGCACUGAUCCAGUUCUGCAAGGCGCUUCGAGAAGAAUUCGUCGACGAUAAUCAACACAGCAACAAUGGCAUCGACCGUCGAAAGCACUCCACAUGCAUCGGCGCCCAGUUUGGAAGAUCUGAACUCCGCAUCGACCUCGCAUGGCACCGGCGCCGGAAGUUUGUACUCGGAAAUCUCGUCGAGUUCCCGCGCUCGCAGCAGCAGCAGCAGCAUCCCUGAUGCUUCGAAGGAAGCGGGCUCCGCAGAACAGGAAUCAGAAUCCAGCAAUAGCAGUAGCAGUAGUAGCGGCAAAUCCAAAAUCAAUCUCGAAGACGACGGGGAGGAGAAGAAGGAUGACUCGGUGUUCGAGUGCAACAUCUGCCUGGACACGGCCAAGGACGCCGUCGUCAGCAUGUGCGGUCAUCUGUUCUGCUGGCCGUGCAUACACCAGUGGAUGAACGGCUACCGGAAUACGUGCCCGGUGUGCAAAUCGUCGAUCAGUAAGGAGAAAGUCAUUCCACUGUAUGGCCGGGGUGGAAGCAAGGAGGAUCCCAGAAAAACAGUCCCACCGCGGCCAGCCGGGCAACGUACCGAGCCGGAACAGCCGCAGGGAUUCCAGGGCUUCACCGGUGACGGCGGGUUCCACAUGUCGUUUGGCAUCGGGGCGUUCCCCUUUGGAUUCUUCACAUCGACGCUCAACUUUGGCGACUUCCGGGGCAAUCCUCCGCACGAGAACACCCGGGAGUACGACGAGGAUCAGUUUCUGUCGCAGAUUUUCCUCUACGUGGCGCUCAUCUUCAUGGCCUGGCUGGUGCUGGCCUAAUGCGUAGUCAUAUUCGUCGUAAGUAGGUACAGAGGGAAAAAUACGAAACGGAACUGCGGGAAGGGUUCGUACGUGGGGUGUCGAUUUGUGAUAAUAAAUGUUAAUCCUUUUUACAUGCUUGGAAGUUUGGUAGCGCGGAAUUGCGAGACAGCUAAAAUUUGCUGUCGUUGAAAAUGUAGGCUCGAAGGCGUAGCAUCUCGGCAUGGGUGAAGGCAAUUUGGUGUGGAAAAAAAAUAAUGGCAUCACGAAAUUCCCCCUUAACUUGCAAUUACACCUGUAAUUCUUGUAGAACAAAAAAAAACGACCGAUAUCUGAUUGGUAUUAGCGCAUUAGUCUUUCAUAUAAGUAGUAACCCAUCUACCGACCUUUUGUUUCAAAACAAAACGGUUGAUUUUAUUUGCUUUAUAUACGUUUUCCGUUUUUACACACGUUAUAUUUUAAUCUGUUAGAGGAUCACGACAGCCUAAUAUUACCCAAAAUGGUGAGAGAAGUGGUAAUUUUUCAACAGUUUCGUUGAGUCAUUGAGUUCCGGCUGAUUGAAGGCUUGGGAAAAUUCAACGAGGUACAGCAGUUGGAGGGAAGUGUUGUAACGAGUUUGUGUAAUUUAUUUGAAGCCAUUUGUAGGCGAUUUAUAUUUACCGUAUUAAGGAGAACAAUAAAAUGCAAUCAAUAUUUGAAAA